AUGUCGUCGAUUGCUAGGGCCGUUCGCCCUGCUUUGAGGGGAAGCCGUGGUGUUGCUGCCCUCGCAAGGGUGAGGACUUGCACACCGGGCAGAGCGCUCUCGCCACUCCAGCAGACCGCAAGACCCCUUUCCACCACUCAGCGACGCCGUAAUGCCGACCACUUUGACAUCGCCGACAUCCCCCCGACGCCCAUCACCCACCUCUCCGAGGUCGAGGCCGCGAUGCAGGAGGCGGUGAGCAAGUUCGCCAACGACGUGAUCGCGCCCAAGGUGCGCGAGAUGGACGAGGCGGAGAACAUGGACCCGGCCAUUGUCGAGCAGCUAUUCGAGCAAGGGCUCAUGGGCGUCGAGAUCCCCGAGGAGUACGGCGGCGCGGGCAUGAACUUCACGAGCGCCAUCAUCGGCAUCGAGGAGCUCGCGCGCGUCGACCCCAGCGUCAGCGUCCUCGUCGACGUGCACAACACCCUCGUCAACACGGCCAUCAUCAAGUGGGGCAGCAGCCAGCUCAAGAAGCGCUUCCUGCCCAAGCUCGCCACCAGCACCGUCGGCAGCUUCUGUCUGAGCGAGCCUGUGAGCGGGUCCGAUGCGUUUGCGCUGGCGACCAAGGCGACCAAGACGGAGAGCGGGUACAAGAUUAGCGGUUCCAAGAUGUGGAUCACCAACUCCAAGGAGGCCGACUUCUUCAUCGUGUUUGCCAAUUUGGACCCGUCCAAGGGGUACAAGGGCAUCACGGCGUUCAUUGUCGAGAAGGACGCCAAGGGGUUUUCUAUUGCCAAGAAGGAGAAGAAGCUCGGUAUCAAGGCCAGCAGCACGUGCGUCAUCAACUUUGACGACGUCGAGAUCCCCAAGGAGAACCUCCUCGGCGAGGAGGGCGCGGGUUACAAGUACGCCAUUGGUCUCUUGAACGAGGGGCGUAUCGGUAUCGCGGCUCAGAUGACUGGUCUCGCUCUCGGUUCCUGGGAGAACGCCGUCAGAUACGUCUGGAACGACCGCAAGCAAUUCGGCCAGCUCGUCGGCGAGUUCCAGGGUAUGCAGCACCAGAUCGCGCAGUCCUACACCGAGAUCGCCGCCGCCCGCGCGCUGGUCUACAACGCGGCGCGCAAGAAGGAGGCGGGCGAGAACUUUGUCAUGGACGCCGCCAUGGCCAAGCUGUACGCCAGCCAGGUCGCCGGCCGCGUGAGCGGUCUCGCCAUUGAGUGGAUGGGCGGCAUGGGUUUCGUCCGCGAUGGCCCCGCCGAGAAGUUUUGGCGCGAUAGCAAGAUUGGCGCCAUUUACGAGGGCACGAGCAAUAUCCAGCUCAACACUAUUGCCAAGUUGUUGCAGAAGGAGUAUACCGCAUAA